UUAUUUUGAAGGCCGCAGGACUCCGUUUCCCUGUUGCUGUUCCUCAGUGAGGCUCUCCAGUAAAUUCCGUCUAAAACUCGGAAUCUGUCCGGUUCUGUGGGGGAGAGUUUAUUAGCAGCUGGUUGAUCCAUUUAAGGUCGUGUCGUGUCUGUUUUAGGGUAAUUAGUGUGUGUAAUCGGGUGACAUGGAGGCCGAGUCCGGCAGCUCCUCUCCCGGCCGGAAGCGGCGCCUCCUCCGGCUUUAUUACAGCGCAGCCCCGGAGCCGCAGCAGGAGGAGCAGCCGGACCCCUGCGACAUCAACGGGGCUCAGUUCGACCCAGAGCUGUACCUCAAUAAGCUGAGGAAGGAGUGCUCUCUAAAUGAGCUGAUGGAUCAGGAGAGCUGCAUGGUCAGACAGAUUCGAUCCCUGGACAGCGACAUGCAGACGUUGGUCUAUGAGAACUAUAAUAAAUUCAUUUCUGCCACAGAUACGAUCAGGAAGAUGAAGAACGACUUUAAGAAGAUGGAGGAUGAGAUGGACUGUCUCUCCACCAACAUGGCUGCCAUCACUGAGUUCAGCGCCCGGAUCAGCGGAACCCUACAGGACCAGCACGCCCAGAUCACCAAACUAUCAGGCGUCCACACUCUCCUGCGUAAGCUGCAGUUCCUGUUUGAGCUCCCGGCGCGGCUGAAUAAGUGUUUGGAGCUGCAGGCGUACGCUCAGGCCGUCAGCUCCCACUGCCGGGCACGCUGCGUCCUGCAGCAGUACAGCCACAUGCCGUCCUUCAGGGGCAUCCAGGACGACUGCCACGCCAUCAUGGAGCGGCUCGCGCAGCAGCUGAGGCAGAAGUUCAGGGACGGCGGUACGAGCGCUAAGGAGCUGUCGGAAUGUGUGGAGCUUCUCCUGCAGCUGGACGAGCCGGCUGAGGAACUCUGCGACAAAUUCCUGAGCCACGCCCAAACCAGGCUGGAGGCAGACCUACAGGGGCUAGAGGCGGAGCUUAGAGAUUCAGCACCCAUUGACGUCUCCACCCAGAAACUGAGCAGUGCAGCCAAUCCCAUGUCUCCGUCUGAGUCCUCAACGUCCAGUCACUUUCUCUCGCCAGCUGCGCAGACAGAUAUCCUGGAGUUUAUCGAUCGGGGCUGCAAUGAGUUUGUGAGUAAUCUCUGCCUGGUGAUCGCCUCGUAUCAGGAGCUGUUCGUCAACCGUCCACAAGAGGGCGAGCUGGCCUCCAAAAAUAUCCCUCAGAUGGCUAACAGCAAGCUGCUCGUGUUUGUGGACACUUUAGCGGCCAGGUACUUCUCCCUGGUGGAGCGGCGGAUUCAGGAGGAAAAAGGUGUCGGAGAUAACUCCUUAUUGGUCAGAGCACUGGACCGGUUCCACCGCAGGCUCCAGGCCGUGUCUAAGCUCCUUCCUGGUUCUGCUGUGCCGAGCCAAGGCACUGAGAUUGUGAUCCAGGCAGCAAGAGAGAGAAUCAAACAGUACCUGUCUGCCUUGCAGAGUUUCUAUCUGGACAGCCUCACUGACGUCCGGCAGGCGCUGGCGGCCCCACGGCUCUCUGUGGGCGGGACAAGCUCGGCAGGGGGAGGGGCUCUAGCAGGAAGCGGUCCUCCUGGCAAAGAAGCUCCCCCCAGUCUCCCUGAUCUCUUGACCUCACUGUCCAACUCCAUCCUGAAUCAGAUCAAAUCAGUUUUGGCCUCAGUGCAUCUCUUCACCGCGAAGGACAUCACCUUCUCCAGCAAGCCGUACUUCAAGGGAGAGUUCUGCAGUCAGGGCGUGCGAGAGGGGCUGGUGGUGAGCUUCAUCAAGUUUAUCUGUCAGUCGUCCCGUCAGUUCUGCGAGAGUGCCGGAGACAGAGGCGGUUCCACUCCUCCGGUUCUGCUGCUGCUGCUCUCUCGCCUCUGUCUGGAUUUCGAAACCUCCACCAUCUCCUACAUCCUCACGCUGACGGAUGAACAGUUCCUUGUACAGCACCAUUCUCCGGUGACUGCAGUGACGGCUCUGUGUGCCGAGGCCCGAGAGGCAGCGCAGAAACUGCUCAAUCACUACGUGAAGGUUCAAGGUUUAAUAAUCUCCCAGAUGCUGAGGAAGAGUGUGGAGACCAGAGACUGGGUGAACACCAUUGAGCCCCGGAACGUGCGGGCGGUGAUGAAGAGGGUGGUGGAGGACACGACCUCCAUCGACGUUCAGGUCGGUCUGCUGUAUGAAGAAGGUGUAAGAAAAGCUCACAGCAGCGACUCCAGCAAGCGCACAUUCUCCGUCUACAGCAGCUCAAGACAGCAGAUACGCUACGCACCAAGUUACACACCCAGCGCUCCGAUGGACACUAACCUGCUCAGUAACAUCCACAAGCUUUUCUCAGAGAGGAUCGACAUCUUCAGCCCAGUGGAGUUCAACAAGGUGUCGGUCCUGACCGGGAUCAUUAAGAUCAGCCUGAAGACGUUCCUGGAGUGCGUGCGCCUGCGGACGUUUGGCCGUUACGGCCUGCAGCAGAUCCAGGUGGACUGUCACUACCUGCAGAUGUACCUGUGGAGGUUUGUGUCUGAUGAGAACCUCGUGCACUUCCUGCUGGACGAGAUCGUGGGCAGCGCGGCCCACCGCUGCCUCGACCCAAGCCCCAUGGAGCAGAGCGUCAUCGAGGUCAUCUGUGAGCGAGGCUGAACGGGAACGAAGCUCGGAAACUGGUCUGCGGAUUCACUCGGACUUAUUCACCACUAACAGGAAAUAAAAUGUGUUCAUCGCCAUAGAAACCGGGGGCUGGAUUUGAGUUAAAGCCUCGGUCUGAGUAGCUUUAUUAGCGCAGAGCGAAGGUCGGGUCAUCACCACUGGAGCAGAACUCGACUCUGCGAGUCGAGCGUUGCUCCAAAAAGCUUCUCUCAGAAAGAGAAUUGCGCUGUAGUGUCUGUCUGAGUGUGUUUACAUGCGCUGGAUAAUCUGACACCUGCAGGAAUCUGAUAAGGAUCUGAUCAUUCAGUGAAGGUGAACUCACUCAGUGAUGGUGUGAUGAUGUAGUAACUCGAUGUUUGUUGUUGUUAUUUGUGUAAAUCAGACGUCGCAGUGAUUCCUGACGAGGCUUUAAACAGACAGGUGUAAACACUGAGCUGAGCUGUCAGUUAAACAGCUUUACUGUACAGUCCCUACGCAACGGCUUGUGCAUGUCAUUCAGGCGUCAACGCGCCCCCUACAGGCGCCGCCUUUCAACACUCAUAAAUAAACAGAAAAAUAAACAGGAA